AUGCAAAUCAGUGCUGGCAUGGACUCGGGGAUACUGACCGUGGAUAAUCUGCUCGUGCUCACCACAGCAGUCGCAUUCUGCGUCUCGCUGACGCCGCCGAAUGCGCCGGUGCCCCAGGAGCAGAUGCUGCAGAAGACGUUCUUCGAGCGGACCAUCGUGCUCCGCGUGUUCCUCCACAAGGUCCUACUAUGCGCUCUAUCAUCCCUGCACAUCGCAGCCUCAGUCUCCCGACACUCCGGCGGCGGCGGCGGCAGCAGCAGCAGGCACGACGCUGCAAUGAUUCUCGGCACACUCAUUUGCCUGCUCUCUGCCCUCCUGCGCCUGUGGUGCUUCGCCACGCUCGGCCGCUUCUUCGACUUCCAGGCUACGGUCAAGGCCGACCACCAGCUCAUCACCAGCGGGCCCUACGCGUACGCACGCCACCCGAGCUACGCCGGCCUCGCUGGCUCGUACCUCGGGACCAUCCUAGUGCUUUUCUCUUCUGGGCACUGGUUUAGAGAGCACGGGUUGUUGGCGUUGGCGGGGAAGAUUGUUGGGGGGAUUUGGUGCGCGGAGAGUGUGGUGAUUUUUGUGGGGGUGCCGCGGCGUGCCAAUAUGGAGGACGCGGCGCUGAAGCAAAGAUUUGGGAAGGAGUGGGAGGAGUUCGCGCGUAGGGUUCCAUUCAAAGUAGUACCGGGGAUCUAUUAA